CGUAAACACCGGAAAACAUGGACGAGAGAAGAAUACAUUUUUAGACAUAUUUUUGACAUGGAUGAUGAUCAAACAACACUUACUGUACUAAAGGUGUAUUUUCCCAGAACUGAUGAAAGUUUGGCUUUAAAUUCAUAGUUGUAAGAAGAAUUUGCAAAACAAUGAAUAAUCAAGGUAAUUUUCCAAAUACGGGCAUGAGGCCCACACUGAACCAAGGGCAGAUGAGUGGUCAGAACAUGCAACAACAACAACAACAACAACAAAUGGUGAUGAUGGAGCAGAUGAUGAACAGUGGGAAUGCUAAUCCUAUGCUGGGUUUGUUUCAGAGCAAUAUGCAUGGAAUGAAUCAACAGCAGAGGGCAAUGUUCUUUGAAAAUUUUCAGCGCAAUUUUCAAAUGAUGCAACAACAGUCUAAUAGUAAUAUGCCUUUGCAGCAGCAAGGAAUUAUGGGUAAUGGGAAUGCCAGAAUGCUAAAUAUGAUGCAGGAGGCCAUGAGAAUGCAGGGAAAUUCCCAGGCACAAAGCAUGAUGGGACAGCCACAAGGCAUCAUGGGAAAUGGGAAUUCCCAAGUAAUGAACAUGCAGCAAAGCUUAAUUGGUCAGCAAGGUUCAGUGAUGUCCACGCAGCAAGGGUUAUGUGGGCACCAACAAACAAUGAGUGGACAACAGCAGCAACCACAGACACAUCAGGUAGUUGGAGGAAUUCAGCGGCAGAUGGUUUCACAAGGGCAGCCCCAGCAAGCUAGUGGUGGUAGAGCAAGUACCAUGAGUUCAGUGGGGCAGUCACAACAGAGUAGAGUUAAAAGUCAGGGAAUACUGAUCAGUGGAAAUCCAGCUGUAUACACACAGAAUACUGGACAAGGAUCUCAGUCAACAACUACAAAGUCAGAGCUGAUUAAAAAUGUAAAUGAGCUAUCUAAAAUUAGGGGUAUUUUAAAAAACACACAGAGUGUCAGUGCAGCCCCUAGUUCCAAGGUUUCAACAAGUGAAAAACAAUCAUUAAGUUCUACACAAUGGAAGUCUGACAAGCUGAAAGAUAUGCUAAAGACAUACUUUUAUCCAUCAGAGGAUGAUGAGACAUCAGCUGAAGAUUCUGUACAAAAACAGACUGACACUCUGUCUCAAGGUAAUAUGCAGACUGUGCAUUCUAGUACUUCAAAUUCCAAAACCAGUCCAUUACAGAGAAGAACUAUGGCUUCAUGUGCAAAACAAGUGGUUAAUAUUACAAACUCAAGAACUGGUGGGCCAAGUAGUGGAGUUUCCACAGCAAACAGAGGUCAGUUAAAUCCAGUGUCAAAGACAUCAACACUUCAGACUAAGUCAUCUACUGUUACUAGUCAGUCAGCCCAGAGGUCAAAGGUAGAAGGUCAAAGUAUUCCAACAUUGGUGUCAUCUGGAUUAAGGAAACAGAAGGAUCAGCCAAUGAAGAGAAAGGCUGAUACUGAGAUUGGAACUGAAGUAAAGAAGAGCAAGGUUACAGCUCAACAGACUGCCAGAGUACCGACAGAAGUAGAAGAUGAAGACCCAGAAUAUGUGCAAGCCCAAGUAUUCAUCAGUAAAAUACCAAAUGAAACAACAAAGGGAAUGAUAUUGGAUAUUUUGCAACAUUACAAUUUCACAUCACCCAAAGUCUGGAUUGGUCGACAUAAUAGUAGAAAAGAUCAGAUUUGUGCAUUUGUGAAACUGCCCUCACUGAAGGACUCUAAGAGAGUGAUAGCCGAGAUGAAAGGAUUUCCGUAUAAAGGACGGGAGAUGGAGAUUAGGUUUAGCGCUGCAGCGGAUUUCAUAGAUUAUACUGUACCUAGUGAUGGUGUGUCACAGUCUCGUGUGGCUGGUGUCCAGCAACCUGCACCAAUAAUUGAUACCAGAAAUCCACCACCAGGUAGCUCACAGCCUCCAGCGGCCACUGCCCUGCAUGUUGCAAACACUGGUAUUCCACCACCUACAAUGCUGCAUCCACUACCUGGUUCCGCCAUUCCGGUUGAGACAGUGCCAACUAUGAUUCCAGCUCCAGUAUCAGUUGCUCCAGUAGCUUACCCUACCGUUGCUGUACCAGUGUAUGCAGGUGUACCUCCACCUGCACAGAACAUCUAUACAACUCCAGUAGCAUAUAGGAUAGAGAGCACAGACAAGCCAUAUUUGGAUAGAGGUUCUUAUCAAAGAGACUAUAGAAGAUCUUUGUCACCAAGAGACAGGCGGGGGUACAGUCCACAGUACUCCUCACAUAGAGACAGAUAUCCCAGCCCCUAUGGGUCAUCUAGCCGAGAUCGAAGAUUGAGUCCCGACUAUUCAUCCAGAGGUCGGCAUUCUAGCCCAGGGUACUCUCCUCAUAGGAGAUACUCCAGGAGUCCAGAUUAUCAUUCAUUGAGUCCAGAUAGACAAGCUUACAGACGUAGCAGAUCACGCAGUCCGUACGAUUCACAUAGUAGAGAAAGAGGGUAUUAUUCACCUACAAGAGGUAGAAGUCUUACCCCGGAUUACACAUCUAGGCAUAGAUCUGGUUAUGAAAAUUCUCCAUUAGAUGAUAGAUAUUCACAAAGAAGUCAGGAAAGUUCGUUUGACUACACUGCGGGAAGAGAUAGGAGGUCGAGUCUGCCAUCUGACGGAAGGUAUAGGGAUUCACCGUAUAGAGGAAGGAGUCAAGAACGGUCACAGGAAGUCCCUAAUAUUGAAACACAUGGUCUGUCUGAUAUUUACUGUGUUCACAUAGAGAACCUUCCAGCUGAUAUAAAAGACAGUGAGCUUGAGGGUUUAAUUGAGGCAUUCUUGUACAACAGUGUAAGGCUGAAAGUAAGAGAUGGUAAAGCUACUGCUGAUAUUGUUGUCAGUUCAAUUACCGAAGCGAAAAUUAUGAUGCAACAGUUGGAUGGUCGUAGAUUUAUGGGUGCAAAAUUACAGGUGGAUUGGUACAGAGAAGCCCCAGUGACAGAAAGUGAAGAAAGAAUUGACAGCAGGCCUAUAUUCACAAGAUCUCCAGAUCUGAGGGAAUCAGUGAGAACAGCUGAUAGUAGAAGUGGUACUGGGUAUUCUGACAGGGAACGACCAGGAAGGUCUGUAGAUAGAGACCAUUCUGUUAGAUCAUUAGAAAGGGACCAUUCUAGGCGGUCAUUAGAGAGGGACUUGUCGCGUAGAUCUGCAGACAGGGAAAGGUCUCGGAGGUCACCAGAUAGGGACAAAUCAACAAGGUCUGGGGACAAAUAUCCUGCCUGGGAUAAAAGAGACAGAUUCAAAGAUGCAGAUAAAUCUCUCUUCCAGAGUUACAUAGAUUCUUCUUACCCAAAUGCACCUGUGCUAGGGCGUAAGUACAUCAAGGAGUUCUCCUCAAAGGGCAGCAGUACUGCUUAUUACCUGUGUGUGUUAUGUGAGAUGACCUUGACCUGGAGAAAUAUUGCUGAUCAUAUGAUGGGCUAUAAACACAGGCUCAAAUGUAUUAAACGGAGCCAUCCGAAAAUAUAUGACAAGAUAUGCUUGAUACAGAGUAAGGUUGACAUGCUGGGUCAGUGUGCAAAAUAUGCACUGGAACUGGAAAAUAAACAAGAGUUGAUUAAUAGGAUUGAAACACCACAUCCUGAAAGUAGUGCCAGUCAACAUUUGAAAAGGAUCAAGGAAGCUGAAACAACAGAAAAAGACAAAAGAUAUGACAAAAAGAGAGCAGAAGAUAGAACAAGUGGCCGUAAGAAAGAGGACGAGAAAAAAGAUGAAAAUUCUCCUGAUUCAACUUCAGAUAUAUUUAAGAAGAUUGAAGCCUACAAGAAAAAAUUUGAAGCCAGUAAAGAUACCUCAGGUGAAGGUGAUAGUGGAGAGCCACAAGCAAAGAAACCAAGGACUGAUGAAAGAGAAAAGUCUGGAAUGAGUUUCAAAGAUCUCACAAAACAGAAUAAAACUUUAGCUGACUCUAUACAAAAGGGAAUUGAAUCUGCAAGAAAAGGAGCUGAACAGAAGAAAACUACUUCUGUAAGAAAAAUUGACUGGAAAAAGGAAAUUACUGCAGCUAAGAAAAGGAUUGAAGAAAGUAAGAAAUUUCAAGCAGAGAUUGAUGCAAAAGCAGAAGCAAACAGAAAUGAGCAGGAAGUCUCUAAAGAUAUAGCCCAAGAAGAAAGGAAAGAUGCAAAUAAAGUGUCUCCAGUAUCUUCAAAAGCUAAAAAUGAACAGGUAAUACAAAAGCUUACAAAAGAAUCCCAAGGAAAACAAGGUGAAGGAAAACCGAGAAGUGCAAAUGAAAUGGUUGGUGAAUCUAAGAACGUGAAUACAAAGGUCUGUGAAGCUAAAUCUUUGAAUGUCAAAACUAUAAAUGAAAAAGUUUGUGAUUCUAAAAACAGGAUAAGCACAAUUGGGAAAGUUAAUGAUAGUGAAAAAACUGUUACAGUAGCUAAAACAAAGCCAGACAUAGAAAAUAAGAAAGUUUCAAAGGAGGAGGAACAAGGCUUAUCUGAAAAUGACAAGGGCAAAAGUAAAAACAUUAAUAAAAGGGAUGAUGAUGCAGAAGAGCUUACAAUAGAUCCAGAAGAUAUUGAAGAUUUAGGAAAGAGUAUUUCUGCUGAACUAUUUGGUGAAGAAUUAGGUAACAUGGAAGACGAAGAAGUGGUUGAAGAGAAGUCAGAACCAGCUAAAGGAAAGAUGAGUAACCAUCCUCUAAGUAAGCUGCAAAAAUACUUUGAUAUGCAGCUGCUUAAAGAUCCUGAAAGUUCAGGCAUUGUAGGCAUGCAGUAUGUGAUAGAAGCAAUUCCCUUCAAGGCUAGUAAAGCACAUGUAUACAAGUGCACUCUCUGCAGUGUGAAAUGUGCAACAACAUCUAUUGUGGAUCACAUACUUGGCUAUAAACACAGAAUGAAGUACUUUGAGAUUCACAACUUUGACAUUUAUUCCAUCAUUAUGAAGAUGGACCAGUCACGUAAAUUUCUAAAUGCUGAAUGUACAAAAUAUGCCAAGUCAAUCCAGGAGAAGGAGGGAGUGAAGACAGUGAUGACACUGACAGAUGAAGAGUUCAAACAGAGGGAGAAAAUCUUUAAUAAGACUGAGGAAGUGGACGAACCGAUUGGCAGACAGCCUUGCCGGAUUGAGAUAGAGACUGGGGGUAAUUUUGAAGAUCUUUCAAGUACUAGCACCAGUUUGGUUCCAGAGAAUAGUUACCUCUUCCAGAGCACUACACAAAUUGCCUAUCAACCAAAUGAUGCAAUGUUUGCUGCAUGCAAUUCAGCAUAUUCUAAUAUGGAGGACACUCAAAAUAAUGAGACUGAUGGAUCUGUUUCUGUUGGAAUUCAUUAUCCAGAAAAGUUUAAUGACUUUUAUAGUCCAUUCAUUUCAUCUGAAAAUUUUCAGUUAGGAUAUUCAUCUCUCACAUCAAGUCAUUCACUUCCUACUUUUGUUCGUGAUAAUGCAUCAAAACAUGGACCAGUUGCUGGUCAGUGGAUUGGUAACCCUGCAUCUAUUCAAAUCAUUGGCAAUCCCACAGCCAGUCCAAUGUAUAAAAGUCCUGCAUCCAGUCAAAUAUUUGGUAGUUUUGCAACCACUCAAAUAUUUAACAAGCCUGCCACUAUUCAAAUGUUUGAUAAGUCUGCAACCUGUCAAAUGUUUGCAAAUUCAGAAGCUAGUAAUAUUACUGUUAUUCCAACAGACAAGCAAGCACAUCAAAUCAAAAGUGUUCAUCAUAAAGCCCAUGUUUCUAAUCUAAAUAAGCUGCCAUUUUCCCAUGAAGAGCGUACUUUAAGACCAUUGGAAUAUAAAUGUCCAGUUAAAAAGUGUCCAAGUAAUGAGGAUUUUAAGGGGCAUUGUGCUUUUAUGAGACAUUGGAAUUCAAAGCAUAUUCAGUACAAGAAGAAAUUUAUUUGUAACAAAUGUAAGAAAAUUUUUGAUCAGAAGAAAUUGAUGUUGAAGCAUAUCAAAAGAAUUUGUCACUCUACAUUCACAGAAAUGUGUGCAAAAAAUCAAAAUUUUAUAGAUCCAGGAAAAGCUCAGACAUGUACCACAGAACAACUGGGCCAAGCAAAUAAUGCUAUGAGUAACAUGGAAGAAAAACACAUUUUCACUGAACUUGAAUUACUGUCAGAUGCAGAUGAGUACUCAAAAGGAAGAAUAGGAAUGGCUGAAUAUACCCAUGAGGAUAAGGGCUGUCCAUCUUUCUUUGCAGGGGCAAAAUGCCCAGUGAGAGAGUGUGCAGCUAUUGACGGCUUUCCCACAUUUGCGAGUUUCAGAAUACAUUGGGAGUUUGCUCACAUUCCUGAGAUCCAUACAUAUGGUUGCCUAAAAUGCAAGAAAAAGAUGUUUACACUAAAAAAAGUCUUAGAACAUAAGUCAUGGUGCAAGUCUGAAAUAGAGAAAGUUGUAAGACCAAAUGCCAAAUUUGUCGAUCCGAAUGGUGAACUCCCAUUCUUAUCAAGCAAAUCUGAAUCUAAUGAAGAUCAAAGUAAGCUUGAAGAAGACAGUGCAGAGAAAGCAAUUGAGCAAUUAAGGGAAAUAGAAAGUACAGUUGACAAAGCAAGAGAUCUACCGAAGAAACAGUCAGAUGCUUCAAAGAAGACUAUAGGAUUAAAUGAAUUUCUGAAACAAAAUGUCAAGAAACAAGAUGCAAAUAGCCCUGUGUUUUAUAGUGGCGCAAAAUGCACUGUCACAAAUUGUAGGUCAACUUUCAUAACCUUGGACGAGUUUGUUGAGCAUUGGAAAAUGUGUCAUUGUGCAGUUUACCUACAGCAGUACAGUUGUGACAAAUGUGGAAGAAGAUGUACUUGGAAACCAGGCCAGCCUGUCCCAGAAGUGUGCAGUAAAGUUUGUUCUGGUCUGAUGCAAAAUAUUAUUUAUGAACCACUUGGAUCAUUUACUGAUCCAGGUAAUGCAAAACCUUACGGAAAGAUAGUGCCUGAAGAAGUAAUUGUCCAGUAUGGUCUUACAUCUUCAGAGCUAAAUAAACUCCUUUUAGGGUGUUCAAGUGUUGGCAAGUAUUACAAGAGUCAUGAACUGUCCAGUUUAUUAUUCCAUGCAGGUGCUAAAUGUCCUGUGAGUGGGUGUAAUGUCACAUUUGCCAACUGUUCCUUCUUUCUUUAUCACUGGAAAAAUAGUCACCUUCCUUAUGUGAAAAGAUUCUUGUGUACUUACUGCAACAGCAUGUUGAAAACUGUUAAAGGGGUUUAUUGCUGUGGUAAAAAGAGCAGAUUUACAGUAUUGGUUCCAAAUGAGAUUUUUAUAGAUCCGGUAGGAGCAAUUCUAUACAAAAUUUCUGAGCUAGAUACUGAUGACACAUGUCCUGUGUUUGUCUCAGGAUCCAAAUGUCUGGUUAAGAAAUGUAAUAUUAAAUUCUUGAAUUAUGAACAGUUUUUGAGACACUGGAUCUGUAGCCACUGUUCCAAUUUUGAAAAGUAUACUUGCUUGAAUUGUAAGAAGUCUUACACUCGCAUUGGUUUCCAAAUACUUUAUUGUAAGGAAACUAGAUGCAAUGGUCCGGUUGAAGGUCCCAGUUUCAUUCCAAAUCAGAAGUAUAUUAACCCAGGGAAUGUGAAGCCAUACGUUUUAAAAGAUGAUGAUGUUUUGUCAUCAGGCAAACAUGGUAAUAAGUAUGAAAACAAAGUCACUUUAGCUACUUUUCUGUCAGGCAAAAGCCAAGAGGCUGUAAAUAUUUCAGGUGACAACAACAAUGUCAGUGAGCCAGAGAAAGAUCCAGAACCACAAAAUAUGUGUAGGAAAGAGAUUGAUAAUACGUACAUUUUAUCAGGAAGUAAAGAAGGCAAAGAAAUGAAAUUAAGAACUGAACUACCCAAAGAAUUCAAUGAAGUGGAAGCAAAUAGCAAUUAUUUGCAUUAUUUACCUGAAGAAUUAAUCAACAAAGGCCCAAAUAUUGCAACUGGAGCAAAGACUAAAACUAUACAGUCGGAGAUCUCUGGUAAUAUACAGGUGUCAUUAAAAGGAGUGCUGAAUGAGGCAAUGAAAACUGAUCAAGAUGAAUCUGAAGGGAAACAACUUAAUAUGGAGCUGCCUUUGAAAAAUUUCAGACAAAAUCCAAAAACGAAAGAGGAUGUAGAGCAGAUGCUAGAUGAAUUUCCAAAGAAAGGUUUGUACUAUGACAAGAAACUUCAUCCUCCAGAGGUAAGAUUUUAUAUCAAUGCUAAAUGCCAAGUGAAGGAUUGCCAAGUGGUCUUUGAAAACUACUCUCAGUUUUUUGCUCAUUGGAGGAAAGUUCAUCUACCAUUUAUAAGGUCCUUUGAUUGUUCCAAAUGCCAUUUUAAAUACGAGAUUAGGAAAAACUACUGUCAGUGUGGUGGAAAAGUAAAUGGGCCAGUUCUUGUUCCAAACACUGAAUAUGUUGACCCAAGGGAUGCUGAACUAUAUAGAAUACCGUUUCAUAAUGAUGACAGCUCUUGUAAACAGUAUAUGGUUGGAGGUGAGUGUAUAGCAGAAAAAUGCCAAGAAACAUUCAGAAGUCACUCACAAUUUGCCAAACAUUGGAUGAAUAAACAUUGUCCAAACUUUGAAAAAUACACUUGCAUGAAAUGCACCAAAUCCUUCUAUAGGAAAUUCAAUUUCCUACUAAACUGCCCAAAACCUAAAUGUCAGGGUAUAAUGAAGGGUCCAGUACAUGUUCCAAAUCCAGACUACAUUGAUCCAGGCAAUGUUAAACCAACUUUCCUUGAUAGACUGGAUAGGGAACAGCAUGAAGUGGUAAGCAUAGAAGGUAUAUCAAAGGAUACAAAACUUGCUGAAAAACUGGAUGAUGUCAACUGUGAAACAGACAAAAAGACUGAAUAUGUAGAAAGUAUAUGUGGUAAAAAAUUUGAUGAUUUAGAAAUUGUUAAGGAAACAGACAGCCAUCUAGAAGUAUCUGCUAUAACUACUGCAAAAAGUCAAGAAGAAAAAUACAAAUCAGUUGAUACAUUUUCAAGUCAGAUAGGUAGGAAGAGACUGGAGGAAGUUGAUAAUGAACGUGCAACUGUAAUCAGUGGAGGGGAUGAAAAAGGUGUUUGGCAGGAUAAUGUUCAUAGCAAAGCUGAGACAAACAGUUACGGAGAGAACACUGAUAUCCACACUGUCAAAACACAAAAUCAAACUGCACAACCAGCAGGUUGUAGUAGUAAUGACCAAUAUGAACAGCCAACUGGAAAACUUUAUUCAAGGCCUGAUGUUGAAAAUGAGGGAGAAAUUGAAAAUAUUCUUAAUGAGGAACCUGCAGGUGCCAGUGAAACAGCAGAAAGUUUUUGUGAGCGUCAGAAAGGUCCCGAGUUUUACCCAGGUGCCAUUUGUGUUGUUGAGAACUGUUUGGCAUCUUUCUCAAGUUACUCACAGUUCAGGCGUCACUGGGAUCAGACUCACAUUGGAUACCUGAAACAAACUUUCUGUGCAAAAUGUAAUAAACCCUUCAAAGUUAGACAGCAUGGACUAAAGCAUUUGAAAAAUGAACAUUGUGAAGGCCCAUUGAAAUAUGUCAAAGUUCCAAACAAGAACUUUGUAUACCCUGGCAUUGUGCUGCCUUAUAGAAGAAGGUAAAACAAAUAAGCAAAGAAAUCAGAAAGUAAAGUUACUGAUUUAAAAGAAUAUUUGCAUUUUAUAGACUGACAGAACAUUGUCAGAAUGAUAUAAUAGUUCAAAGAGAUCCCACAUAUCAAUUAUCAAAUGAAUGUCUGCCCAAAUGAUAUGUUUUCCUAAAUGAUUCGUAACAUGUUAAAACAAGAGUUGUUAUUAAUAUGUUAUUCAGAUAAAAAUUACUCAGUGAACCAUUAAAUAGUAAAAUGUUUUGUAUAUAAGAUGCAUAAAAGAAAAUGUUAUUGAUGAUAUUACACAUUAGAAAAAUAAACUAACAACCCAUGAAAAAUCAAACAUGUUAUAAUUACGCUAAACCUUUAUAUGAGGACACAUUUCUAAAGAGAGAAACAAAUUGACAAAAAUCUUAAUUAGAACCAAGACAUGUUAGAAAACAUACUUUAACUUGUCAGAUCUUUAAACCCCUGUUUGCUAAUUGGACUUGUUCCUAUCACUACAUUUUCUUCAAAUAGUCCAGCAUGCUGUUAUUUAACAGCUUCUGUCGAGGAAUCUGAUUACCUAAAGUGUAUGUUUUUAAAUUGUACCAAAAUUUAAUGUUUUUAAUGAGCAGUAGGGUGUUUGUUUAUUAUUUUAGUGUUAAAUGUGCUUGUUAUUAGGUAUUCAUUUCUCUUCAGUUGUUUUCAUUUAUAUGGUAUUGUGUCUUGAUGUUUGUUGAUAACACAGCUGCAAGCAUAGAUGAAACAUAAUAAUUUGAUUUUAUCCCAGUAUGUUAUAUUCCAUUAAUAGUGAUUGCACUAUAAUUGUGAAAAAAAUCAUUUAACCACUUUUUGUAACUGUUGUGUAUAGAUAUAAAAGUAAAAUAACUUUCACUGAUGUGAUCUUUUUCAGUAUUAAGGUAUGAGCAAAUAUUUUUGUCAACAGGACUUUACUGUUAUGCCAUAAGUGCAUAAUGUUGUAGAUAUAAUUUCUCAUCUAUAUGCUUUGUUGUUCAAUCUUAUUGAAUAUUAAAAGAAAAAUAUAUGAAAAAAAACGGUAGGCAAGGUAUUGCCACAAUCUGUUAUGAAAUCAUUUUUAGUUGUAGUGGAACUGACUCUCACAGAUUUUUAGGGAAACAAAUAAAAUUCUAGUAUAUUUCAUGUUUAUAUUCUAAAUUCUACAAUUUUAUAGACGUAAAAAAUAGCCUUUUUUGGAGAAGCAAUGAAAUUUAAUGCCACAAAAAAUAGAAUGAUUCCAUGGUCAUUGUGUUCAGUAUUUCAAGUUUUACAAAUGUAAAGUAUAAAACAAAAAAAGGAUGAAAAUCCAUAAUAAUAAAUGAUUGUGAAUUACCUUAAAUACGUUCUAAAAAAGACAUUACUGAUGAUCACUUGACUGAGAAGUACUGGAAGAGUUACCUCCCUUUAUUGCCACUGGUAACAUUAGCAGACAAAGGUGAGCUGCUAGGCUUUGUCUUUAAACUGGAUUAAUGAUCCUUUAUUUUUCCAGAGGCAACAAGGGAACAUAACUCCUAAUACUCUCAGAUGAUUAAAUUUUUCAGACUGGCC